AUGCCUCACAAAGUUGACUCGUACCCGUCCAGCACGUUGUCUGCUGGGGAUAGCAAAAAUGUUAGAGUCCACAAUGCACAAGACUUCAACCUUCGCAGGACAGCAUCAAAGGGACCCGACCUCCAAAAAGCCAGCGUCAGUAGUUGUACACAACCACGGAAGCCGCACUUACGACGAGAAGAGGCGUUCCGACUGGGGAGACGGCCGAUGGAAAUAGACACCGGCGGUGACAAUGACGGCUGCGCCAGCUGGAGACGGGAGGCCAAGCGGAUCGAGGCCCUCUUUACCUCAACGAAAGCAAAAUGCGGACGAAUACAAGCUCAUCACACCACAAACGCAUUCUGA